AUGGCGGACGGUAACCCACAUCGCGAAGAUGAAGCGGCUGAGGAAGAGGAGGAGAUUGAUGAGACUACCUACAGAUCAGUCAAAGAUGCAGUCCUCUUCGCAAUCGAUGUCAGCGAUUCCAUGUUGACGCCUCGUCCCUCAGCAGACCCUAAGAAACACACCCAAGAAUCACCCACUACGGCAGCGCUCAAAUGCGCUUAUCACUUUAUGCAACAACGAAUCAUAUCCAAUCCACAAGACAUGAUGGGGGUUUUGCUGUUUGGGACGCAGGCGUCCAAGUUCUUCGAAGAAGAUGAAGACAGUCGCGGAGACCUCUCCUACCCCAACUGCUACCUCUUCACUGAUCUGGAUGUUCCUUCGGCCCAGGAGGUCAAAGAACUUCGAGCGCUGGUGGAUGAUGAUGGAGACUCAAGGGAUAUUCUAGCUCCGGCGAAAGAGCAAGUCUCUAUGGCAAACGUCCUAUUCUGCGCCAACCAGAUAUUCACAUCCAGAGCGCCAAAUUUCCUCUCCCGGCGCUUGUUCAUCAUAACCGACAAUGACAACCCCCAUGGUGAUGAUAAAACCCUACGGUCGGCCGCGACCGUACGUGCUAAGGAUCUUUACGAUCUUGGUGUCACCAUUGAGCUGUUUCCGAUCUCACGUCCUGAACACGAGUUCAAGAACAGCAAGUUCUAUGACGAUAUCAUCUACAAGUCAUCACCCAACGAUCCAGAGGCGCCUGCGUAUCUACAAACGGAUUCAAAGGCGGCGACAGCGACCGGGGACGGGAUCUCACUUCUCAACACGCUUCUAUCCAGUAUCAACUCAAGAACGGUCCCGCGUCGCACUCAUUUCUCGAACAUGCCUUUAGAACUCGGGCCAGACUUCAAGAUCUCGGUAUCGGGCUAUAUACUCUUACGAAGGCAAGCGCCCGCUAGAAAUUCCUUCAUCUGGCUGAACGGCGAGAAGCCUGUGGUCGCGAAAGGAGUGACUACCCACUCAGCAGAUGAUACUGGCCGUAAUGUCGAGAAAUGGGAGAUCAGAAAGGCAUAUAAAUUCGGUGGAGACCAAGUAACCUUUUCGCCUGAUGAACAGAAGGCGCUCAGGGACUUCGGUGAGCCAGUGAUCAGAGUUAUAGGGUUCAAGCCUAUCACUGCGCUUCCAUUUUGGGCGAACGUCAAACACCCAUACUUUAUCUAUCCGUCCGAGGAAGACUAUGUAGGAUCCUCGCGAGUAUUUUCUGCAUUGCACCAGAUGCUUUUGCGUAACAAGAAGAUGGCACUGGUCUGGUUCAUUGCCCGCAAGGGUGCUGGCCCCGUCCUCGCCGCGAUGAUCGCAGGCGAAGAAAAGCUGGAUGAGAAUGGCGUACAAAAAUAUCCUCCCGGCAUGUGGAUUCUUCCUCUCCCGUUCGCAGACGAUAUCCGGCAGAACCCUGAAACUACGUUGAAUGUCGCGCCGGAGCCAUUGAUUGAUCAGAUGCGCGUGGUCAUUCAACAAUUGCAGCUGCCGAAGGGGGUGUACGAGCCUCUCAGAUACCCCAAUCCAUCCCUCCAGUGGCACUACCGCAUCCUACAAGCUCUCGCAUUAGACGAAGACCUCCCUGAAAAGCCAGAAGACAGAACUAUUCCCAAAUACCGCCAAAUCGACAAGCGCGCCGGGGACUACGUACUAUCCUGGGCCGACGAACUCGAAAAACAACACGCCAAAACCUCAGCAGGGGCCCCUCACCCAACAAGCACCCUCGUGAAAAGAGGAUCCAAAGACCGAGCAAGCGAAACUGAAGACUCCAAACCAUCGAAGAAAGUCAAGGUCGAGGAGGGCUCCGGGAACCUAGAGGAAGAGGUCCGCAAGCAUCACGAGAAGGGGACGCUAUCCAAGCUUACGGUCGCCAUUCUGAAAGAUUUCUUGACCUCCAAUGGACGCUCAAAUGCCGGUAAGAAAGCGGAUCUUAUUGAGCGGGUAGAGGAGUUCUUGGAGCAGUAG